UCUUCUUCUUAAGUUUUCCACCAUAUAUCUCUGCCUUCAGCGAAAAGAAAAGAGGACGCACGCACCAGUUCAAGAGCUCCGCAAUCUGUCGCCAAACUCCGAUUCCUCCCAUGGCAAGACUUGAUCAAGAAGCAAUCGAGACCUUCGCGAGCAUAACCGGCGUGCCGGAAGCCGUCGCCAUCCAAAAACUCGAGGAACAUGGUGGCAACCUCAAUGAAGCUGUCAAUGCACACUUCAGUGAAGGAGAUAGAAACACCGUGAACGCAACAUCUCUUGCACCUCAAGAUGAUGUCAUGGAUAUUGAUGAGCCUAUUCAAGUUGAACGUCCAGAGCCACCCUUCCCACUCCUUUCUGCUGGUAGAGGCAGAUUCAAUCCUUACUCUCUUCCCAAUGAAAGUCUCACGAGGAGAUUGUUUGACGCCGGUUCUGAUUUGGGGCUACACACACCAUUUGUCACACAUCCGAGGAAUAUCAGGGAAAUCCCCAUAGAGGUUAAGGAUGGAAAUGGGUCAUCUGCUCAUUCUGGCAGAGGUCCCACCAUUGAGGAUGUAACUGGUACUGAACGUGAUCAUGGCCCAGAAGUUCGCGGAAAUGCUAUAAUUGAAGUCGAUGAUGUUCCAGCUGAAUCAACUGCACGUGCAACACGAGAAAACGAAGACACCGAGGAUUCUACAGGUGUCAGUUCCCGGAACAGAAAUGUGGGGCCAAGUCCAACUGGGUUUCACACCUUGCCAGAUUCCAAUGACGAGAUAGAAGAAGAAAUGAUUCAAGCUGCCAUUGAGGCAUCGAAACAGGAUAUUGAGAGGAGCGACCUUCUCCAAAAUGAAUCGAGUGAACCUGGUCCUCCACAAAGGCAAUCUCAGUUGGAGGAUCCUGAACUUGCCCAUGCUGUUUCAUUGUCCUUGAAGACCACCGAGCAAGAAAAAGCAUUGGAUGAGCAAAUUGAUGACCUUGGUGACUCGAAAGCAGUGGAUCACAAUAGUUCAGAGGUAGAACUGAGCAAAUUGGCUUCAUCAAAUGGGAGGCUUGACACAGGAGGACCAUCAAACCAAGAUGAAGUUGAAGAAGUGGAGCAACCUCUCAUUAGGCAAAGGCCCAGGCGUAGCUCUGCCCGUGCUGUUGCAGCUGUCCAAGAAAUUGACGAUGAUCCACCACCUUCCGAACAGAAUAUUCAUAGUCAACAUCAGCAUGAUGGAAGCGCGUUCCCUUCUGAUGUGUGGGGUGGUAUCUCCUCCGAGGAGCAUGAUGAAGCAGUUAUGCUUGAAGCUGCAAUGUUCGGUGGGAUUCCUGAAGGGACUGGAUAUAGUUACGCAUAUGGACCUCAUCAAUUCAUGCGAGGUGAUAGUCUUUAUCCCCGGCGACCACCUCGACCUCCAUCACCCUCUCUUGAAGCCCAGCGCUUAAUAAGGGAACAACAGGAUGAUGAGUAUCUUGCGUCACUGCAAGCUGACCAAGAGAAGGAAAUGAGGGCCAAGGCAGAUGCUGAAGCUCGUCGUUUGGAAGAGGAAGCAGCCAGAGAAGCUGCUCUUGAAGAAGAAAGACAAAAAGAGGAAGAAUCGCGCAGGAAAUUGGAGGAGGAGCAGGAAUUUGAGAGACAACUAGCCGCAAAGGAGGCUUCUCUUCCUCAGGAACCCAUGCCAGAUGAUGAAAAUGCGAUAACCCUCCUAGUGAGAAUGCCGGAUGGCAGCCGGCGAGGCCGACGGUUCCUCAAAUCUGAUAAGUUGCAGUGUCUUUUUGACUUCAUAGACAUCGGUAGGGUAGUCAAGCCUGGUACAUAUAGGCUGGUGAGGCCUUACCCGCGGCGUGCUUUUACUGACGGUGAGAGCAUGUUGACUCUAAAAGAGCUUGGGCUUACAAGCAAACAAGAAGCGCUGUUUCUUGAGGUAAUUUAGCGUGACAUCCAUGAUACUGUAGUUUCAUGAAUUACGAAACGCUGGCUUUUAUCUGGGUUGUGCUGUUUGAUCGAUCAAAAGGAACUUAGAAGGUGGCAAGAAUAUUUGUUGAACGAAACACUGAUGGUUACAAAAUUUGUUAAUGUACUUAUGGCAUUUCAUUGUCGAGCACAGUUCCCUCUUGUACUCUGGGAGGGUUCGUGCUUGAUUUUGGGUGUGCUGUUAUUGACCGCAUGCUUAAGCCAAUUAGAAACCGAAGCUUGUAAAACUCUCUCUCUCUCUCUCUCUCUGAAUGUGAAAUUUGUUUUAUGA